CCUUACCUCUCGGUGUCGCUCUUUACCAAUUCUAAAUUCUCAAUCAGGGAACCACCCAUUAUAGGCAGUUAUUUUCGUCCCUUCACAAAGAACAUAACUGUUUUUUGCAGAUCUACGAGACGAAGAAAUAUACUUAAUAUACUAAUUAAAAUAUCUAAAACUAAAAUAUAAUUAAUAGAAUCUCAUUUGGAUUUGCAAACAUGUCCACUACGCUAGACUCUUUCAACAAAUGGAGAAUUUGGGCUGUGAUAUUGUAUUUAUUCCUUGCUCAUGCUAUUGCCGCAGACCUGCGUUAUUCUGUACCGGAGGAAACAAGCACCAAAUACACAAUCGGGAGCCUAAGUAAGGACCUAAACCUGGAUUCCAAAGGUUUGAGAUCUCGCAAGGCAAGACUGGAUUAUCAAGGUGAAAGACGAUAUUGUGGAGUAGAUUUAGAUUCGGGACGUAUUGUCGUUUUGCAGAGAAUCGACCGGGAGGCUCUGUGUGGAACAACGUCUAACUGUCUUUUGCAUUUUGAAUUUAUUCUUGAAAAUCCUCUUGAGCUUCACAAUGUCAUCUUGGAGGUGCUGGACGUCAAUGACAACGCGCCUGUGUUUCCAAAAGAUUCAAUAAAGCUGGAAAUCAGUGAGACUGCGUCGACUGGGAGUAAAUUUCAAAUAGCUUGCGCACGAGAUGGGGAUAUUGGCAUUAAUUCUGUUAAGAGUUACAUUCUCAGUCAGAACAAGCAUUUUGAUGUUGAUGCGAGGUCAAAUAGAGACAGGUAUGUCGACAUUGUUUUGAAAAGCAGCCUCGAUCGCGAGACAGAAGCUGAACACACUUUGAUCCUGACUGCUCUCGAUGGAGGCAAUCCUCCGCGAUCUGGCACAGUUGUUGUUCACGUAAUUGUUAUGGAUAUUAAUGACAAUACGCCAGUGUUCUCACAGUCUUCAUACAAAGUAGAGUUAUUUGAAAAUUCACCUCCUGGAACAACUGUUGUGAAAAUUACAGCCACUGACUUGGAUGAAGGUGCAAAUGGGCUAAUCACCUAUUAUAUUAACCAUCUUUCUGAUCGGACAAAUAAUAUUUUUCAAAUUGACGAAAAGAGUGGGGAAAUUUUGUUAAUGGGCCAACUUGACCACGAACGUGCAUCUGCGUAUGAGAUGGAGAUACAAGCGGAAGAUGGUGGCGGUCAGACGAGCCACUGUAAGGUCCUGGUUGAAAUAGUUGAUGUUAACGACAAUGCUCCAUUGAUAACAGUUAAGACUGUUACGAACCCAAUUCCAGAAAAUACUGCUCUUGGUUCAGAAGUUGCCAUACUAAACGUUAAGGAUCACGACUCUGGUGAAAAUAGUAGGGUCAGUUGUUCCAUUCCCACCAAUUUACCUUUUAAACUGCAACCAUCAAUUAAGAAUUAUUUUACAUUAGUUACCAUUGCUUUCCUAGAUCGUGAAAUAGUCACCGAGUAUAAUGUCACAAUAACAGCAACUGAUGGAGGUACACCAUCCUUAUUCUCAACUACAACUCUGAAUAUACAGGUAGCAGAUGUAAACGAUAAUCCUCCCGUAUUCGAACACCAAAUAUUUAGUGCAUAUGUAGCUGAGAAUAACAAACCAGGGACAUCCGUUUGUUCUGUUACUGCGAGAGAUCCAGACUGGAGGCAGAACGGUACAGUUCUGUAUUCCCUGGUACCCAGUGAGGUCAAUGGUGUUCCAGUGUCCUCAUUUUUAUCUGUGAAUGGAGACACAGGGGUGAUCCAUGCAGUGAGGUCAUUUGAUUAUGAACAGUUUAGAAACUUUAAAGUUCAGGUUGUAGCAAGAGACAAUGGUUCUCCUCCACUCAGCAGCAACAUGACUGUGAGUGUGUUCAUAUCAGAUGAGAAUGAUAACUCUCCACAGAUAUUAUACCCUGCUCCAGAAGGAAAGUCUUUAAUGACUGAGAUGGUCCCUAAAGCUGCUUUGUCAGGCUCUCUGGUCUCCAAGGUGAUCGCUGUGGAUGCUGACUCUGGACAGAAUGCGUGGUUGUCCUAUCACAUUAUAAAGUCUACUGAUCCAGGACUCUUCACCAUUGGUCUCCACACUGGAGAGAUCAGGGCACAGCGGGACAUCGCUGAAUCUGACAACAUGAAGCAGAACCUUGUUAUUUCAGUGAAAGAUAAUGGACAGCCUCCUCUCUCUACAACCUGUUCUGUAUAUUUACUAAUUUCUGAUAAUCUCGCUGAAGUUCCAGAACUUAAAGACAUGACUUAUGAAGAGAAUAACUCCAAUCUUACAUCAUAUUUGAUUAUCGCACUUGUUGCUGUGUCCACCUUUUUUCUGACAUUCAUUAUUUUAAUUCUGGCUGUGAGGUUUUGUCACAGGAGAAAGCCCAGACUGUUGUUUGAUGGAGCAGUCGCCAUUCCCAGUGCAUAUCUCCCUCCCAACUAUGCAGAGGUUGAGGGAGCUGGAACUCUCCGCAGUUCCUACAACUAUGACGCGUAUCUAACAACAGGAUCACGCACCAGUGACUUCAAAUUCGUGAGAUCCUACAACGACAACACACUUCCUGCUGAGUGCACUCUGAGGAAGAGCCCAGAUGAUUCAAAUAUAAUCAAUUUCACCGACGCAUGUACAACACUAGAGGUAAGGCAUUUAAAUUAA